GCGCUCAGUCAGCCGCACAAGCUGCGGUCGCGGCUGCCUCGUCGGCCACAACGCUACUGAAACGAAAGUGGCACCGUCUCAGUCGUGGUGCCGAUGAGUUGACUGAUGCAGCUGUUGCUGAACACCAUCCUUACAGUGCCGCACCGGUGGAUGCAAACUGUGUCAGAUCACCUAGCGGUUCCCAGGAAGCGCAUUUGAACCAGCGGGAGCGCUGUCGCAGGACGGCAUCUGCAAUGGAUACGACGGCCACAUCGCGUGCUGCCACCAUAGCCCGCCUUCGCAAGUGGGCCAGUCGGAAAGCGCAUGAGGCGUUGACCGCUGGCACAACUGGAUCUUUACGUGCUCUUCUGCACCGAAGGGGCGGGCGUUCCGAAUCCUCUAAAACCCCUACCACUUACAUGCGAGAGGCACGCUCCGCUGUAACUACUCCAACAUCUUCCCACGCGGACUCUCCAAUUGUGUCCUCAACCUUGGUGCAUUCAGCGUCUGGACAUUUGGUUGGAAAUCACGAAUUAAACUCCGAUGAUCUGGAAUAUAAGAAUUUGUCCACGACAAUACCCUACCACCGUUCCGCGCAUAACGAAGGACCCACUGUUGAGGAGCUGCAGUUGUUCAACGAAAUGCUCUUAGCCAUUUUAACCAACAAUCCCAACCUCACUCCAAUGCUAACGGAUUACAUACUCCAUGUCUACGCCCCUGCUGAUCGUCGGCCAUCGAAGCUGCCAAUUUGAUCGUCUUUUCUGUCCGCUCUCCACGCACGUAUACGCAUCUAUUAAUCGGUUUUUAUGUGUCCAACGGCCCUUCGAUUCAUAUUGUCGAUCUAACGCAUCUACUCAUGCGCUUCGUUCCUCUCCGACAGCUCAUUGGUUGUUCGUUUCCGCGCUAUCGCAUUUCCUACGCCUUCCACCCACCCUCAUUAUGCUGUGCAGCUGAUUUCACAUCCAAUGCAUUUAUCAGUCUGUUAUUUUCUGAUUUCCUUCUUUCUCCACUAUCCAGAAAUGUGUACACUUUCAUCGUGUCUAAUUUUUUGUUCUAUGAAGACGAUUCACUUUGUAUUCAAUUUUUGUUUGAUCUCAGCAUUUCAUACUGCAUCUUAUACCGAAAUGGUGUCCUGUUAGAUGCUAUCCUCCUUUUACCUUCAAGCGCUGAAUUCACUGUUUUGCGCGCACAUCCAUGUCUAAUUUUUUGGCUAAUCACUCUCCGCCUUUAGGUUGCAUUCGACAUGUCAUUCGAUAUAUAACUACUUUGGUCAUUUCAACUGUGAAAUCCUCCCAUUUUCCGCUUUCUUGUUCCACAACCUACUGGGCUGCGUCUCUCUUGUAUCCAUCCGGUCCGGCUUUGUGCAGCUGUCUGUCGUUGUCAUGUUGGUUCUUUUUAUUCGCACCUUCAGUUCUGUCGCAUCUGCCUCGCGAAGUCAUUUCGGAAAAACUAUAUUAGCAGUCAAUGAGGACUCCAUAUUCGCAGGAAGUUGCUUGCAUUUUAAGUAUUUUCAGUGACCUCCUUUUCCUUUGCCUUGUGGUUAAUCAAGCAUGCAGACGUCCCGCCACAGGGUUUUUUGUUAUGACUGUUUGAUCAAGAUAAGCUGUUCAUCUU